UAGUACCAAAUCAAGUCCGACAAUGGCGAUUUCCAUAACUCAUUUCUUCUCCUUCUCCUCUUCAUUGCUCUAUCCGUCUCCAUAUUCAUCAGGAAAAUCGAGAAUCAUUCCCUUAAGAAACCUUCAUCUCCAUUGCAGACCGUCUUCAUCUCCAUUCUUUUCAAAACUAAACCGAGGGGUUCAAUUCAUAUAUAUAUCUCCGAUAACCGUCAACAGUCAGAGAAGUCACGUAUCAUCUCUCUCUGCCCACCAAGCUUCACCAACUAAUGGUGAAGAAACGAAUUCAAAGCACCCACCAGAUGUAAAAACCCUGAUUAAAGCUUAUAAACAAGCUCUCUUCAAUGGAGACCAACUCUCCCUUACAGAAAUAGAAAUGUUUUUUUGCGAAAUCGAGAAGGAAAAGAAUAGAUUCGACCACAAGGUUUUAUCAUUAUCAAUGAAGGUAGCUUCAGAGAAGGACACGAAAAUCAGGUUGCAGGCUGAUUUUGACAAUACAAGGAAAAAGCUUGACAAGGAUCGGCUUAGCACGGAGUCGAACGCAAAAGUGCACAUCAUGAAGAGUCUCUUGCCACUCAUUGAUAGUUUUGAGAGCGCUAGGCAACAGAUUAAACCCGAUACAGAAACGGAGAAGAAGAUCGAUACAAGUUAUCAGGGAAUUUACAGGCAAUUCGUUGAAGUGUUGAGACACCUUCGUGUUAAAGCCAUUCCAACUGUGGGCAAGCCAUUUGAUCCUUUGUUGCACGAGGCUAUUUCGCGUGAAGAAUCUGAGGCGGUUAAGGUAGGGAUGAUAACCGAGGAGCUUACCCGGGGUUUUCUUUUAGGAGAUCGGGUUCUGAGACCAGCGAAGGUUAAAGUCUCUCUAGGACCUAUCAAGAAGAAGACUGUUUCACCUGCUGACGAGACUACACCUUCUGCUUGAGCUGAUGUUUGGUCAAUGGUUCUAUGUAUCUCAUGUUUAAGUCUAUUUCUUUCCUUUUCAGUGGUAAAACAAACACAUCUAUUUCUGAUUAGGUAGUUCGUUUGCUGCUUAGAGUUGGUUUUACUCAUGGAUUUGAUCAGAAGCUUCAGGUUCAUGUCGUCUGUUUUGGUCUUUAACAAAUACGUUGGUACAAAUAUUUUUACUCGACCUGAUUUUUCA